AAACUGUGAAUAGAUCCCCAAAAAGUCCAAAAACUCCAACCAAUGAAGUUAAUUAUCCUUAAUCAGAUCUAAUUCAUGAAUCCCAAUUCUCACAUCAGAGAUAAAAAAUGGCAUCCAGAGCCACUGGAACACUGAUUUGUUCUUGCAUGAUAUGGCUCUUCCUUCUCUGCGCAACCAUCGCGUUCCUUCAGCUCAAGUUGGUGGAUGACUCAGCACAUCGAGCUUCCUCUAAUAGAAAAAUAACCACUCAUCACUCCGCAACUGAUGACCUAGAUGGAGAAAAUUUGGAGGGUGUGACGCAUAAGGUGUAUUUUGAUGUUCAGAUUGGUGGAAAAUUAGCCGGUCGCAUAGUCAUGGGCCUUUUUGGGAAGACAGUUCCGAAAACUGUAGAAAACUUCAGAGCGCUUUGCACUGGAGAGAAGGGGGUUGGAAAAAGUGGGAAGCCUCUUCACUAUAAAGGGAGCGUAUUCCAUCGGAUUAUACCAAGCUUUAUGGUCCAAGGUGGUGAUUUCACACGAGGUGAUGGACGAGGUGGAGAAUCGAUCUAUGGUGAUAAGUUUGCUGAUGAAAACUUCAAGGUGAAGCAUGAUGGGCCAGGGUACUUGUCAAUGGCGAAUUCCGGGCAAGAUACCAAUGGCUCGCAGUUUUUCAUCACAACAGUAAGAACCGGCUGGUUGGAUGGACGCCAUGUUGUAUUUGGCAAGGUACUUUCAGGAAUAGACAUUCUGUACAAGAUUGAAGCUGAAGGAAGUGAAAGUGGCACCCCAAAAAGUAAGGUUGUCAUAAUAGACAGUGGAGAAUUAACUUCAUGACAUCAUUUAUAUAAAGUCGAGAUUGAGAUUAGUUUCUACCAACGGUAAAAAUGUCAAGACUUGUCUGUUGUCUCUACCAUGGUUUAUUAAUUCUCUGUAUAUAUAUACACUUUUCUAUUUUCAAAAAUCAUCUGGUAGAUGACCCAAGUUUGAAGAUUAGUAUUUUGUAUUAGGAUGAUUUGAGUUUUUGUUAUUGCUAUUUUGCUUGUCUACACUAGACAUUAAUCUUUGUGAAAGGAUAGAAAUUAUUUUGUGUAA